AUGGCAAGGUGUUUGUUGUUAGAAGCCAAGUUCCCCAAAAUGUUAUGGACAUAUGCUGUGAUGGCUUCAGCAUAUAUAAGGAAUAGGUGCUUCAAUGACAGAUUGGGCAAAACCCCAUAUGAAGCCUUAACUGGCAUAAAGCCAAAUCUGAAUAACAUGCACGUAUUUGGUGCAGUAUGCUAUGGAUAUGUGCAACGUUCUAAGAAGCUUGAACCUAGAAGUAAGGAGGGGAUUUUUGUAGAGUAUGACAAAAAUAGCCCUGCAUAUUUGGUGUACUAUCCAGAAAGCAUGAAAGUUGAACGAGUGAGAUGUAUUAAAUUCUUUGAUUCAACUGAAUUUGAUAACGAGAACCGUCAAAUUGACGAAGAGGUUGUCUCACCUCCCCGCAAUACUUCUUACGGUGAGCAACAAACUGGAGCUGAUGAGAAUAUUGAACCAGCUCUUCCACCAGUAGAGGGUGAUGUAAGUAGAGUAAGGUACCUUACCAGGACUCACAAUAAACCCGCUUACCUAAGUGAGUAUGUUGUAGAAAGUAUCACUGAUAGUAGCGCUAAUGUUGCAAUAGAUUAUUGCUAUAGGAUGAAUGACAUCCCAGCUUGUUAUUCACAAGCAGUAAAUUCACCAGAUACAGCUCGGUGGAAAAAGGCAAUGGAUGAAGAAUUUGACUCUCUGGUAAGUAAUGAAACAUUUACACUUACCAUGGUUCCACCCAACCGCGAGAUAGUAGGUGGAAAAUGGGUGUACACAAUUAAAUCAGGUCCUAACGACGAGGAGACAUAUAAGGCUAGGUACAUAGCGAAAGGCUAUUCCCAAGUCCCAGGUGUGGACUACCAUGAAACAUUUGCACCAACAGCUCGGAUGAGCUCAAUUCGAGUAUUAAUGCAGCACGCGGUGCAAAACGAUAUGAUUGUCCAUCAGAUGGAUGUUAAGGCAGCAUAUCUAAAUGCCCCCAUUGAUUGUGACAUCUUUGUUGAACAACCUAAGGGCUAUGAAAAAGAAGGGGGAAAUGGUAAGAAACUUGUUUGCAAACUCAAUAAGUCUCUGUACGGUCUCAAACAGAGUGGUAGGAACUGGAAUGCAACACUUCAUAACUACUUGGUGAAGGAAGGGUUUAUGCAAUCCCAGGCUGACCCUUGUGUCUACCAUUAG